GGGUUGCUAGGAGACCGAGCCCGAAAACGCAACCGUCUGGAUGCCACAGGGCGCGGAACUCGUCUCCUAGCAACCCCGGUAAAGCACCCCCGCCUGCCUGUCGCGCUCCUGAGGCGGGUGGCUGAUGCUUUACGGACGGUCGUGCGUGUUCACUCCCCCUUCCCCCCGCCCCGUGCCGGCGCUGAUGGAGCGCUGGCGCUGACUGACUGACGCCCUGCUGGGCCGCCAUGUCCGCGCCGGGGCGGGCGGGGGAGCCGGACCGGACCCUGUUCGUGGGGAACCUGGAGAGCCGCGUGCGGGAGGAGAUUCUCUACGAGCUCUUCCUGCAGGCUGGACCAUUAACCAAUGUGACCAUAUGUAAGGACAAAGAAGGAAAACCCAAGUCUUUUGGAUUUGUCUGCUUUAAGCACACAGAAUCAGUGCCUUAUGCUAUAGCUUUGCUGAAUGGAAUCCGUUUAUAUGGAAGACCAAUUAAAGUACAGUAUCGAUUUGGGAGUUCCCACUCACCAGAGUUAAACAGCCCUAGCCAAGGUUUUGAGAACUGGAUUGACAUGUAUUCACCAACGUAUAGGAAUCAAGAGCCUUAUGGCAGUCCUCCAUUUCCCAUUACUCCUUUUCCAAUGAACAAUAGUUUACCUCAGGAAUAUUCAGUCUUUCAAAAGAUGAUGAGCCAUUUUUUAACCCAGCAGUAUGCUGUUUACAGUCCAAUGGAACAGCAGCUUCCUUACUAUCAGAUGACUCCACCACCAUCUUCAGUUUUUCCCAUGCCACCCUAUAUGAAUCCUGUUGAGGAUUUUAAAGCUGGGCAAAGCUCUUUUGAUUGGGUUCCUCCACAGCUGAGCGACUGUGAAUCAUACCUGGCUAAUGAAAAUGCUUGUAAAAGAAAAAGAGAGCAGCAAACUAGUGAUAGUGACAGUAGCAUAGAAAAUGACAGAAAAAAACAAAGAGAACAUGGCCAAAAAUACCGUAAGUGUAAAAUCAAGAAAAAAAGGCACUAAUACUGUGUGACUGAGUUCACAGUUUUUUUUAAUUGCACUUUUAUUUGUUCUUUUUAUUUGAGAGUGAGCAUCUCUCUCAUUUUUGCACUUUACAAAAAUGGAUUCACAAGAUUCAUGACUAUUAUUUUUGAAAUGUAGUAUGUGUAAAGUAUCCUGACAUUGCAGUUAAUCUUAACAUAUUUGGAGGAAGAAAUCCUUCUAAAAAGGUAUAGGAAAAGUAUUGUAAAAGUUGAACUUUUCCUAAUAAAGGACAAAAGCAC